AUGGGAGACCAAGACGACCUCUGCAACAUCAGGCUCGGCCUCAGCCUCGGCUCUGGAUUUGGCGAAUACGUCCCCAAAAAGAUGCAGAAAAUCAACCCUAAAUCCUUCACUGACCUCUCCUUCACCCUGGUUCCGAAAAAGCUUCAAACUUCACACCACUUUGAAUCCUGCUCAGAAACAGGCACUUGCCCACCAAUUAAACCUCAAAACACGACAAGUGGAAGUCUGGUUCCAAAACAGACGUGCAAGGACGAAAUUGAAGCAAACGGAAGUGGACUGCGAGUUCUUGAAGAAAUGCUGCGAGAGGCUGAACGAAGAGAAUCGGAGGUUGAAGAAAGAUCCAGCAUUUUGGUGCUCUCGCUAUCGGUUUUCGUCUGCAUCGGCUCGGUCGUCGGAGCUCGGAAGAUGUUGUUCUUGGCUCAAGACAGUACCAGAGACAACAACAGCUUGACGAUUGCCAUGGAGAAUAGCAGAAGGUGCAAGUCAAAGAAGCUGUAUUGUUGUGGGUGCUUCUUCUCAAGCUCUGAGAAGACGAUCAAUAAUGCUACCAGUAGUUCUGAGGAGAAAAGGCUGAAGCAUUUUCAGCACACUUCAGAGAUCAGCUUUGCUGCUUCAAACCCAAAAGGCCAACUGAGGGAUGCCUCGCCGAAUACUAGAAGGAAAUUUCUCACACCGAAUAAAUUGGUGAAGCUAUUAACAGGAACAACUCAAGCAUCGGCAGAUUUGUUAAGCGAAAAUCUCCACUCAAUAAGUUACUUUGACUUUCACACACUGAAAAAGGCAACAAAGAACUUUAAUCCGGCAAAUCUUCUAGGCCUGGGAGGAUUUGGACCCGUCUAUCUGGGAACGCUAGAAGAUGGAAGAUUGGUAGCAAUUAAAAGACUUUCACUAAACAAAUCCCAACAAGGAGAACCAGAGUUUCUAUCAGAGGUCAGACUGAUAACAAGCAUCCAACACAAGAACCUGGUUCGCCUGCUUGGUUGUUGCUCAGAUGGGCCUCAACGGCUACUCGUGUAUGAAUACAUGGAGAACAAGAGUUUGGAUCUCAUAAUAUAUGGGGUAAGCGAUCAAUUCCUCAACUGGAAUACCAGAUUGAAGAUUAUCAGAGGCAUUGCCAAAGGGUUGCAGUAUCUACAUGAGGAUUCCCAUCUAAGAAUUAUUCACCGAGACAUCAAAGCAAGCAACAUUCUUCUUGAUGACAGAUUUCAGCCAAAGAUAGGAGAUUUUGGGUUGGCCAGAUUCUUCCCAGAUGACCAAGCUUACCUAAGCACUACAUUUGCUGGAACUCUAGGCUACACAGCACCAGAAUAUGCAAUUAGGGGUGAACUGUCAGAAAAGGCAGAUGUAUACAGUUUUGGAGUUAUUGUGCUUGAAAUCAUCAGUGGCAGAAAAAACACAAAUCUUUCUCUACCAACAGAAAUGCAGUAUCUUCCAGAAUAUGCAUGGAAACUAUAUGAGAGGUCUGCACUAAUCGAGCUUGUGGAUCCAAAGAUGAAGGAUGAUGGAUAUGUGGAGAAGAAUGUAGUACAUGCAAUUCAGGUUGCUUUGUUAUGCCUUCAGCCUCAUGGAAACCUGAGACCUGCAAUGUCUGAGAUUGUUGCCAUGUUAACAUACAAAUUUGAAAUCAUUCAAACACCUUUGAAACCAGCCUUCUUGGAAAGAAGGCCUAAAAGGAACAGAGAUCUCUCGUUGACUAAUCAUGCAUAUACCAUUCCUUCUCCAUUACAGUAAAGGCAACGCCAAUGCCUAC